UUGGCACCAGGUUCAGCCCAGCGGCUAUCUGCGUGAUAGCCCAGGCGUACUUCUGAAUGCGCCUCACGUUGUCUGCGGCCUCUCCGCCGGCCACUGACGAUUGGAUGUGGUGCGCUUCUGCCUUGACGGCAAGCAGUGUGCAUUGAAGGACCAACAACGGACAACAGGCUGUCUCAGAGUUCUUGUGUAAUGUAUAAAUAUGGGGGCAUCGACACUCCAUCCUCACGAACUGUCAACGCCAAGGUACGCUUGCCGCUCAUCAAUCAUCGGAGGUGUUGCUAUCCAUCAUAUCAUCGCUUUGCCACCAUCAUGGACGCGCGAGACAGACUCGAACGGGCUGCGGCUGAGGUGAUUGUCAUCAUGAAGGGCAUCCCUGAGCUUGCCGAUGCCAGCGUUGCUGUCAUCGGCGGAUUAGCCCUCUGGAAGUACAUCCGAAAUGGGAGAACCACACAGGAUGUCGAUUUCAUCAUCAACAUUGACUCUGCUCCUCAGAGUGUCAAGUCUAAACUGCUGGCGCUUCCCGACUCUCCUUUCGUCCAGCAGGCCCAGCUAUUUCUCUACAAGGAUAGCCAGGGACACUACAUUCAGAUCGACAUCACCCCGGCGUGGCAGUCGCCGUACCUCCCAGCCGCCGCGAAGAAGCUGAGAACCAUCCCGGCAGGCUCCGUUCCGUACAUCUCGCCCAUCGAUCUUCUCAUCUUCAAGAUGAACUCGUGCGGACUACGGGCUCAGGUGGCCAAACGCUCGGUCGACGCCAAUGAUGCCGAGAUGCUGAUUGCGGCAAUGGGCACGCCUCUGAACCUGACCGCUCAGCAGCAAGAGCUUGUUGAGCCCCGGAUUGCGGAUGUCGUGUCUUUCGGAUCGAAGACUGAGGAAUGGUGGAGGCAGAACCUGGGCCUGCCUGCCAAGGGGCCAUCCGCGGAUGACUACUGGACGUGGAGUGAGGAGUACCAGAACUGGUACCAUCUGAAUGAUGACGGGACUUACGAGUGGGCUUCUCAGGGGGACUCGUCCUCCGCUGGCCCGAGCCAGAAGCCGAAGAAGUCGUCCAAGAGCAGUGGCAAGGGCAAGCGUCGUUGAUCCGGCCCGUUGGGAGCUCGCGGUCGAUAUGUUGCGAAGAGUUGUACCAUGAGUCUGGAUUUUACAAAGGGAGUUAGAGACGCUUUAGGUGGUACAUGGGGGUUUCCCACCUUGCUUU